CUUUGCAUGUGCAUUAGUUCCUUUUUCUUGUUUCUGCAUGUUGUAGAUGUCUGAGAGUGAAGAGGCCAGUGAGUAUGUUUGUUCUGAAGAGGAGAGUUCCCAGACAGAUAGUUUUGUAGAAGGGCUUAUAGAAGCUAGGAUGGGAGUUCAUGAGGGGGAGAUGGCUGGGCCAUCAGUAGAGUCUGGGUCAGAGGCAUAUAGGAAGAUGCAGAAGAAGUAUAAAGUGUUAGAAGCCAGUGUUGAUCGGGUUCUAGCCUUGGCACAUACACCGGAGGUGGGCUCGAGCAAUCAGACAUCACCAUCAGAGUCUGUGGGUAUAGCCAUGGUUUCAGCUUCAGAGGGGGUGGACAUCCGGGUUGGUGUCCCAUUGGGAAAUCGGAAUACACUCACAGAAGCCAAGUUGGUUGAGCUUCGGACAGAUUAUAGUGUGCCAUCCUAUGUGGGCCUGAGGUUACCUAGUGCUGCGGAUGUAGUGAGAUAUCCUCCGGAGGGUUCAGUGAUGAUAUUCACCGAUAUGUACCAGCAUGGUCUCAGACUACCGUUUCAUCCUUGGGUACAGAUGAUGCUGGCCAAGUUGGGGUAUGCGCCGGGGCAAUACAAUCCCAACUUUUGGCUACUUCUGCAUGGAGUUUACAUUGCUUGGUGGUUGGUUGGGUUGGGGGAGCCAACAUUUGAGCAGUUUAUGUACUUGUAUUCGAUCUCCAAGCAACAGGGGACCUUUGGCUGGGUACAAGCCAAUUGCCGGAAGGCAAAGGAGAGAGGUUACUUUAUUGGGCAUAAGCCGAGUACGCAGAAGUCUUGGCGGAACAGGUGGUGCUUGGCCUAUGGUGAUUGGGAGUGUCCUCCAGGGAAGACCGUCGUGUCGGAGUUUUUGGGAGAUGCUUGUCCUGAACAUAUACAUAGCUCGCAAGUUUCUGUACCAGCUUUUUCAUUUUUACUGUAA